AUCUGUUUCAUUCUCAGAUUUAGUUUACUCGUAGUAGUUCUGUGCAACAGGUCGUACCCAACAAUCUUUGAGUUUAUCUUUCUGUGCUUCGUAGUAUUAUUAACAUAAACUAUAAACAUUUACGGUCUGAUAAUAAGAGAGUAGAGUACUAUAAAGCUUUUUGCCAAAGUCAACUUUUAUUGAGGACAACCUAACCAUCAGAGCCAGACACACAAAGAAUGGGGGAAGAAAAUGUCCAACAAAGGAAGUCUUCUCGAAAACGUCGAGCACUGCUGUUAAGGGAACGUGUGACAGUCAUAGAGAUGUACAACACCAGACCACGUCCGAAUUAUGACACCCUCGCCAGAAUGUUCAACUGUGGUCGCAGCCAAAUCAAAAACAUUCUCCGGCAAAAGGGACAGAUUCUUCAGGAAUACCACAAGAACCCCGAGUCGGAGAGGGUACGUCGGAGGGUACCUGCAAUUCUUUUGACCCUAAAUCGAUUGGUGGAUGAAUGGCUUAGAAGAGCCUUGGGUCAUAAGAUUCGAGUCAGUGCAGAAAUGAUUCUCCAAAAAGCCGUACAAGUUCAACAAUUCCUCGACUAUGAGGAAUUCGAGCCGACAAAAGCUUGGCUUCGAUCUUUUCGACGACGACAUGGAUACUAUCGAAUAGACCUGCGCACCCUCGAAGUACCCGAAGACCGAAGUAAAUCUCUCAAGAUCAUGGACAUCUUUGAAGAAAUCAAAAACAGUAUUGAUUUUAAUGUAAGACGUGAAACCGAACAGAAAUUAGUUCGGGAAAAUAGUUGUGAUCUAAUUUUGGACCAAGAUUCAGAAAUCGAUUCGAAAAUAAUUGUGAAAAACCAGAAUUGGGAUGAUUCCUUAGAAGAAUUUCCAUCCUCGGAGAAUAAUGAAAAUGAAACAGUUGUGCUAAAGGACAAUUCCGAUGCACUCGACUACCUUAGACCUCUGGAGGAAUUUGCUAUGUUAACGGAUAAUUUUCGUGCAAUUGGUCUCAUAUCGCAAUUGGAGGCGAUAUUUCGAUCCAAGGCUAGAGCCACUGAAGAUGUUUGAUGUGAAUAUAAGAGAUAAUUAUGUCAAAAAAACAUCUGCAAACAAAACGUAUGCUUCCAAAAAUGUUUGUUUUGAAAUUCUUCCGUUUUUGAAAAUUCACUUCCAUAUAUUAUUAUUAUUACUAUAGAAUUGUAUGUGAGUUUGUGUGUGUUAAUUAUAAUGUGUACAUGUAGAUAUAUUUUUUAAGUUUUUUAAUUUUGUUUUUAAAUUUUAAUUUAGUAAAAUAGUAAAUAUGUAUAACAAUAUCAAUAUAUAUACAUAAUAUUUAGUGAAAUGCACUUUUAUAAGAAUACAAACUUGUUUAAUUCAUUUUUACAAAAAAUAGAACAAUUUAGCGUACUCGAGUGUUAUGUGAGUGUGGAUAGAGAAAGCAAAGCAAAUUCCUAUGU